CUAUACAAGAAAGAAGAACUCAUGAACCACAUCUAUGAAAAUGAAUCCCAAAAUUUAGUAGACAACAAGAUUUUUCAUUUAUUUUUAAAGUACAAAAUAAUGCAAAAUAAAAAGGGACCACUGAACCACAUGCACGUGAUAAAUUUUCAAGAAGGUGGAAAAGAACCCAAUUUGGAAAAUAUCUUAAUUGAAAAGUCUCGAAUUUUUAUGUAUAAAAUACAUUCCUUUAUUGAAGGAAGGGAUUUAAACCUUUCGUACAUUUACGAAAUUUGUCAUGGGUUGGGAUACAAAACGGAGACCUUCCUGCUAUCUGUGUUUAUCUUCGACUCAUACAUGCAUAGUAUUAACAAAAUGACGGAGAAAAACCAUUACAGGAAAAUAAAGCUCUUGGUUAUUAUCUGCUCCAUUUUGCUAGCGCUCAUAAAGACACAGGUUUUUAACGGUUCCAGCAUCAUGUACCUGAAUGACAUUCUGUACCUUGUGAAUAAACUUAGACACGACAAAGUGAACUAUACCUGUAUCGAAAUUGCAAACAAGCAAAUGGAAAUUAUCAAAUUUCUUCCACUUAAUUAUAAUAAUUAUUGGACAUACUCAGAGCUGACUUAUGUUUAUUUAAUUAAUUUAAAAAGCUGUUCGAAGAAAUAUCCAGCGAUUAAAAUUUAUUACAUUUUUUUGGAACACUUUGGCUUUCUGUACUUCCUGUUUGACGUCAUUUACGCAUACUCCAUGUAUAUCACGGCGGUCGGUUCGUACAAAGUGAUUCCGUCUAGCAGAGUUGUGGCCACGAUAAUUUUGUACUUUACUAACGCGUUUUACAACAGGAUGAGCAACAGCUUGCUAUUCCAGGAGAACUUUUGUCAGGAGGUCUUCCACUUGCCCUUUGCCAACGAUUUGUUCAUGUGGUCCUACCUGUUGCUGAACAACUUUAUUUACUUCUUCGAACACUGCGUCCUUCCGAACAAGAACUACUCCUCCAUUUACUCCAUUUUUUACGAGACGGGCCGCAUGCUCAACAUCCGCACGGUUUUUUGA